UUUGAGGACUGAUGUAGCUCAGUGUCGUGUCGUUAGGACAGAGACAGGAGAAUGAUCAGACCUACAACAUUCAGCUUAGUGCUACUGCUGUACUGCUCUCUGUCUCACAGUCUCACACAGUUCAACACUGUGACUGGAAGGAUACCUGAUGACCAACAGGAGACGACUUCCUGGAGGUUCAGGAACCUAUCAUCUGUUCCUGAGGGGCUGGACGUGAGGCUGAGGGAGCUGGAUCUGUCCGACAACGUUAUAAGACAUAUAAACAGCCAGAGUCUGGCUCUUCCAUCCCUACUGAGACUGGACCUCAGCUACAACCAGCUAGAGAUCAUAUCUGAAGGGGCUUUCAGAGAUGUGGCCCAGCUUCAAGAGCUGAACUUGGCCAGGAAUGCAUUGAGCCACAAUGUGGACAGUACCAGCCGAGCUCUUGUGUCUCUCCACCGACUGAGGAGGUUGGAUAUCUCUCUGAACGGUCUGGAUGAUGACACGGCGGGACUUUACCUUCGUGACAAAUCAAUUCUAGAACGCCUAGAUCUCACGGGCAACGGUUUGACGCGACUCACGCCCAAGCUGUUUGCAGAGAGCCUGAGCGUGAGAAGCAUUCGCAUCGAGAACAAUCUGAUCACGGCAAUAGAGGAGGGAACGUUUGAACCGUUGAAGAAACUCAAGAUCUUAAAUUUAGCCAGAAAUAAUCUAGUCUACAUCUGUGAUUUUAAACUCCAUCACGUGAAACUGUUGAAUCUUAGCAGGAAUUCCAUAGAGUUCUUUGUCACCCGUGAAGACGGUCACCCAUACGAGCUGGAGAUCUUAGAUCUGAGCUUCAACAACCUCCUCUAUUUCCCCAUGGUCCCCAAGACCAACCGGUUGAGAUACCUCCACCUACAGAGCAACAUGGUGGGGACCUUAGAGACAGACACCUUAAUAUCAGAGGCAGACUCUCUGUACAGAGAACUAACAAGUGAAGAUGAGGUAAAUGAUGCUGUAGACAACAACAACAUAUACUCUAACUGGAAACUGAUGCCGUUAGUUUACAUGGACCUCAGUAGUAACCACUUCAGGUCUCUACCUGUGGAGACUCUGAGCCAUCUGACGUCUUUGGUGACGCUGAACCUCAGCAAGAACUGUCUACAGGACAUCAGCUAUAACACAACGAAGGGAGGCAAUGGCCAUGUUGGAGGCUCCCACCAACCUUCCUUGACCUUUCCGUCUCUACGCUACUUCGACCUGCAGAACAACGGUCUUCGACAACUCUCCACCUUCUUCCUGGAAGCCCUACCAAACAUAGAGACAUUAAACCUGAAGGAGAACUCUGUGAGGCCUUGUGAUCCAAAGGACCAACUGGGACCAUCUGAGACAACGAGUUAG